AUGCCAAGUACAAAAAGAUCAUCAUCUACUGAAAACUCCCAUAAAGACUCUAAAAAGAAAGUCAAACUAGAUUAUGUAAAUCUCAAACCAUCACAAACGUUAUAUGUCAAAAAUCUAAAUACCAAAAUCAAUAAGAAAAUUUUAUUGCAUAAUUUGUACCUAUUAUUUUCUGCAUUUGGAGAUAUCAUUUCUAUAAAUCUACAGAAUGGUUUUGCCUUUAUAAUAUUUAGUAAUUUAAAUCUGGCUACAUUGGCGUUGAGAAAUUUGAAAAAUCAAGAUUUUUUUGACAAACCACUUGUAUUAAAUUAUGCUGUCAAGGAAUCUAAAGUUAUUUCUCAGGAGAAACAAAAACUACAAGAUGAUAAUGAUGAAGAAGUGAUGCCACUGUAUGAAUAA